ACGGGAUACUAUCACGUGACUAUUGACUAUAUUGUAAAAUAAGUAAAUGUGCUUAUUCUAUUAUUAAGUGUUUGUGGAAUUUUUGUUUAAAUAAAUUAUUUUUAACUUCUAAUUAAAUACAAUAGUAUUUUUUCCACAAUGAUUUUGAUGCCAAAGGAUUCCGCAAAAUUUAUAAAUUUUUGUUCUAAAAAUGUUUUUGUUGAAAAUGAAGGAGUCAAAAAUGUUGCUUAUGCGGUUUUAAAAGGUCUUAAGGAUGGUAAAAUAAGUGUAAAUAAUUUUUCUGAAUGUCAAUUUCAUCCUUCUCCUGAAGAUCCAAAAGCAGUUGAUUGGAUAUUUAUUUUGAAUACAUUAAAUUAUUCUUUUUGGAACGAAAAAAAUUGUCCAAAAUGGACAGUUAAUAAUCAAACUGGAUAUUUUGCAUUAUGUGCUGCUAUUAAGAGAGCUAUUAAUGAGGGGAAACCUAUAGUCGAUCCCAAGUAUUAUUCUCAAAUAACGAGAUCCGAAGCUGAAUAUAUUUUUCGUGGCGAUACAGAAACUAACAUUCCGCUGUUAGACGAAAGAGUAAAAUGCUUGCGAGAUGCUGGAAAAGUUUUAUUAGAGAAGUAUCAAGGCACUUUUGUUAACUGUGUCAAAUUGAGCUCUCACUCGGCUCAGAAUUUGCUCAGAUGUAUCGUGAAGGAAUUCGAAUCUUAUCAAGAUGAGGCAGAUUAUAAAAUUCACAGAGUCAGUUUUUACAAGAGGGCUCAGAUACUGGUGGGCGAUAUUUGGGCCUGCUUCAAAGGGGAGGGGAUUGGAAAAUUCUUGGACAUAGAUUAUCUCACCAUGUUCGCCGAUUAUCGUAUUCCCCAAAUCCUCCUACAUUUUGGCGCUAUUCGUUACAGCAACGCUCUCAUGAGUAAGCUAGAAUCUGAUAUAGAGUUAGAAAACGGUAGCGAUGAGGAAAUUGAAAUUCGUGGUUGCACGAUAGAAGUGAUCGAACGAGUCAAAUAUGAAGUAAAAGAUCUAAUCGAGCGUUAUAUUAAAGAGAAAAACAAUCAGUUAAAAUCAAAUAUUAAUUCUAUUCUGAUCGAUCAUUUCCUGUGGAAUUAUCGGCGAGAACACGAAGUUGAAUUAGAAAUUGUACCGUAUCAUAAAACCAGAUGCAUAUAUUAUUGAAUAUUCGAAAAAAAAAAUAUAUAUAUAUAUAUUUGAAAAUAACGUAUCAAUGCAAUAAUUUUACAAUUUUUUAUAAUUCUUUGAAAGAGAUAGCAUUUUUAUUAUUGCGUUGAAUACAUCAUCCAUAAAGGACACUUGACAAUUGGACAGACACACACACACACACAUACACACACAGACAUAUGUAUGUGCAAAUAUUCGAAUAAAAUAUGCAUUAUACUUUAACAAUUUUAAUCUCCUUAGUUUUUCUCCUAAUAUUGUCUUAACAAUCCUCAAUCCGUUCUUGUUCUCGAAAGUUUUUUUUGAGGGCGAAAAUUCAGUUUUAUACUCUUUUUUUUUUUUUUUUUUUUUUUUUUUUUUUU